AUGGCCGUCUGCACGGAUGGUCUCGCCAUACAUCGUUUCCAAUUGUCGGUCGUCCUCGCUAUCGCCGAAGUCUUUGCGGUAUUCGGCGCGGAAUUUAUCUUUUCCACAAACAGCGCGCUGAUUGCGACCGGCGUCGGAUGGCUGCUAUUGGCUUUGGUCGAUCUCAUUUGGAUCCUCUACCUCACAUCCGAAGAGGACUCCCCAUUCUACCGCAUGUUUACGGCGGCUGGAAACGGGGGAUUGUCAGGCUACAACCGGCGGGCGCGGGUCGAGUCUACCGCCAAUGGGUUUGGCGAGUCGCCUAUGCCCAGGCAAAACGCGGGGUACGGCGGGUACGGCUACACACCUACCGGCGUCGACACCACCCCGCAAAAGCCUACGCGACAAGAGUACAGCAUAACCCAGCCGAGCCAGCCGGCUCUUUCGGAAGUCGCAGAGCCUCUCCGUGCGCGCGCCAAGGCAAUGUACGCGUACCAGGCCGAUCCUGCAGACCCCAACGAGGUCAGCUUCAACAAAGGCGACAUGCUCGAAGUGCUCGACAACACUGGCAAAUGGUUCCAAGUCAAAACGCAGGCCGGGCAGACAGGGAUUGCGCCGUCAAACUAUCUUACUCUGCUAUAA